CUACAGUAUCUAUUCUCGUGACUUUGGUUUUGCCUAUUCCACUAGAGUUCAGAUUUAGCAGCAUAAUCUAGCGGAGAUUUUGGACGAUUCGACAUGGAGGGAAGCAUUAGAGUCAGCAUACCGUCUGUUUCACUGAAGGUCAGUACGUUUACAUUUAGCAGAUUCGCCUUCAAGUUUCCUUUCGACUUUGAUUGGACACCCUCGGAAGAUCGACUGGUAGAACUGAGUGUGCAUAUGUCAGUAGUUUUGAAAUGAUUGAAGGAUUUCUUUUAACAUUUCUAGAUCGUGAUGUCAGUUCAUUUCAUUCUAACGAUAUGGUAAGUAUAUAAAACCAGAUGUUCGAAAGACGUGAUAGAAUGACGUGAAGUAGCAACAAAGCGGGAAUUAAUUCAAUUUGUUAACUUCUGAAAGUGAAAUUAAUUAGCUAGGGGAACUUUAUUUGAGGAACACUGGAGAAAUGACCAGCGUUGUGAUAAACUGAAAAGGAUGGACUCUUGAUUUCUCUCGUGAAUAAAUUUUGCGUGGAUUUUAAGGGUUGCAGAGCCAAAAAAACUAUUGGUCAUGAUAAGUCCUGUGGGGUAGUGGGAGGGGAGUGGUCAAAAAGCUGGGGUGGAGUGAUUUGGAGCAGCUGCACUCAGAAUUAAUAAGCUCUCUUGUCAUCCAUUCCUGGCUUCUCCUUCUGAUUAUAAGUAAGCUAUAUAUUGGGUGUAGAAUAGCUUACCUGAGUAUUUUUCAACAUAAAGAACCCACAGUAAAAGAUGGCAAAGGGUAUAUACAUGACCCAUGAUUAAUUCCAAAAUUAAUGUGUUGCAUGAAUUUUACAGAAAUGCCAGGUAAGGUGAGAUUUGAAGUCUACCCUGUUUAAAGUCCAUGUGAUACUUUAAUUUUUCCAAAAUUUGUGUGUGAAAUGGUAUCAGAACCUCCUAACCCCCCUCCCUGCCUCCAAUUUUCUACCCUCACAAUGAUCAGAAAAGUUUUACUCUCCCUAUCUUCCCUGAAAGAAGAAGUCAACUGUCAGGACGGUGAAAUUUGCUAUUUGGAAAUACCAACUUUCUUCUUCAUUUUAGUUUUGGUUUCUUGGUUCCCUUUAAUAUUUAUUAUUGCUGUAAAUUAUUUCCAACUCAUAACUACAAGUAACAUAUUCACAAACAUUAUUAUAGCCAUCAUUAGUGACACUUAUUGAUUUCCUUUUUUCCCCCUUUUUUAAAGGGGGGAUCAAUGCUCAUGGUUACCGACCUCAUAUUUGUUCUGUAACUUAGCUGUUCUGGCUAUAGGAGUGUGGGCAAUAGCAUCACCAAGCAAUGAAGAUGCCUCUCAGUUGGUUUGUAUAAAUGAGAUUUAUUAUUAAUUUCAUUUAUAAUAGAGUUUGGGUAUAAUGCUCUCUGUCAUUGGUUGAAAGAAUGUGCUCGAUCAGAGUAAAAAGCAUAGAGCUGAGCUAAAGCUGUGAUGCCAUCUGCCAAAUUGUACUAUGUCGACCUUUUCCUGGUCUUCUCUCUAGCUUUUUUUUUUUGUUAAUUGAAAAUGAAAUUUUGGAACAAGCGAGCUAGAAAAUAGCAACAGAAGAACCAAAGAAGGGUUUUUAAACAUGCCAUUGGCAUCCUAAUUUACAUUAUCAUAAUGCGAGCAGAGACGAAAAUCCUCAAAGAGAAAACAAAAUGGACAGUACAAGUUUUGAAGGUUUUCAUGCUCAGUUAGAUUACAAGCUUAUGUAUGAAAAGUAACAAAAAUCAAUCACAGCUAACACUCAUGCAGUAUAUAUAGUUUUAUGUUCAAAAACAAAACAGAACCAAACAGGAGUGAUGAAAAAUAAAGCCAAACUGGCAUAACAGUCAAAAUUUAUACCAAUCAUGACAGUGUCUUAGCCACUGUGGCUAGUUCAUCAUGACCAUCUUCAGUCAUUGCAGUGAAGAAAGCCUCAGAAAUUACAUCGUCCACCCUUUAAGUGAACAACUAAGAGCUUGAUCUUGCUAGCUCUUGCUUGUUGCUUGCAAUCUUCAUGGUUUUCAAGAAUUUGGCUGUUGUACAUUCAUAAAACACACGCCUUGAACAGUUUCUAUUCUAAUUGCUAUGCAAAAAUACCUUGUGUGUUUUUAUAAGCCACAAUUUGGCUGGAUUUCAUGGAACAUUUCGCUUUCAGAUUAUGUAUUAGAGACUUAAAAAUAACUUCAGGUAAAAGUGUUGAAUUCUACCUGUCAAACUAUUUCUUGUUCAACCAAUCAGACUAUUUGAACCAUUUUAACAAAGAUUCUGAUUAGCUUAUUGCAUGGGGAAUUUAAAGGAUUCUUUAGUAUGAAAUAAAUAGAGAAGCCUUGACUGUGCUCUGUUCUGUUGUAAAGCACAUUAUAGGAAGCAGCUAGCACUCAAGAAGUGAAGUGAGGAUGUGAAAACUGUCUUUCCAAGCCAUUCACUCUUAACCUAUUCCAGACCCUUUACCUUUAAACUCCUCCAUUCAAACAAGUGUAGUAUGCUGGAAAGACUUGACCCUUCUGCUUCAAAUGCCUGACCCAAACCUAGGUAAGGUUGGGGGGGAAGAAAGAUGCUGAAGCUUGAAAUUGAUCGGCACACAACUCAUUAAAGUGAUUCCUUAAAAAUAUUGUCUCUUAGCUUAUCACGAAACACAAAUAGACAAAAUUUUGUUAUCUCUUGUAGUUUCUGUUGGGAAUGCUGUUUACUAUCAUUCAUGACAUCAUAGUCAUAGCCAUCUUUUAUAACUCCAAUAUACCAGGUAAGUUUAAACAGUAAUGAGAAUGUGUUUAAUCGUAAUAUUUCAUGAAACUUCUUUUAUUCAAUGUGAUUAUACAUGUAUUUAUAUCCAUUUAUAGUACUGAGGCAAGUAUGAAAUUUCUUUCCAGUUCCACUCCAGUAAAAAUAUUUACAGCUUCAAUAUCAAUAAAUUAUCUCCCAACAAUCAACAUAUACAAUGCAUGUUGCAGGAUUGACAUCUCAAAAAAAACAAUUUAAUGUAUACUAUAGAUUUUUAUUGUUAGUGAUUGUUUUUUAAUCAGCACCUCACUAGUUGCAAAUAGCUUACAUGCACUACUAGUCCAGCUGAUGCAUUUUUUUGGUUAGCUGGUUUAUCAUUGGUUUGUAAAGGUAAGCUAUUAGUACUGGCAAUUACCAUCUUCUAGAUUCAACCAUGUUUUGUAGCACGUUGACCCUAAAAUUAACUUGGGAACUUGUAGAAGACAAUGAGCUAGUGCCAUGAGUUGAAUAUAUAAAAACAGUUCAAUACAACUAAGAAAUCUUAAUCACAGACAAUGUGCAGAGAAAUCCAGAAGGCUUGUCAAAUAAAAAUGCUUGCACACCAAAAACACUUUGAUAUUUGAUCAAGUGAUAAUUACAGGGUGGCAAUAGUAUACAGACAAAUUCAUUGAUUAUCAGUAAGGACUUUGUCAAAUAAUUUUCUGAGUUAACUCUAGUUUUUUGUCCCUGUAACUGUCUGAAUUACAUACAUAAACCUCUUUUAAAUGUAAAUGUGUGUUGAGUCCUAUAUGGCAAACCUGUACUAUAUUGUAUUAAUAUAUUUUUGUUCUUUCAGAGUCUCACUACAGGUUUUGUGUGGGGUAUCCUUUAUAUUACUUUUAGGCCAACACUUUGAAAAGGGUUUUUUUAGGACACUUGAGUAGACAAAUAGCUAGAAUGAGGAAGUAAUGAUCAGUAAAUCAAGCAAAGUCAAGCAAAAAUUGUAAGUGAAGUAAUUUAGUUCAUGUUGUUACUAGUACAUUAUUUGCAAAAUGCAAAACACUUUGUACACUAUCUCUCACAGCUUCUCUUAAAUCUAGAGUCUACUAUACACAGAAAAGGUCUCAUGGCCCUGUUUACCUGAUUGCUACAUAUAUAUCCAAUAUAUAAAAAAUUAAUUAACAUUAAGGAAUUUUUUUCCAUAAACAAAGGAUCAAGUGAGUUUUCUCACUUUAAGAAGAUAACGCAGUCAAAGUGAUCCCUAAUGAAGUUUCAUAUUUAUAUUGCGUGGCAUCUCUGAACAUUCUAGCAGCAGUGAAAGUCAAAGUCAGCAUUGUACAGUUAAGUUAACAAUAAGUUGUUUACAUGAAUGGUGCUAUAGCUUUUAUUUUUUAGAAAUGAUUCAUUGACAAUCUUGUACACUUGUACACUUAUAAAUAACUCCAAAAGAGAAUGAAAUGUUUUCAGUUUAGGAAUACUGCAAGGAUGUAUGAAUGCAAGUUUGUUUCUGUACAACGUUUAUGAACAUAUUAUUUCCUUGACAUCUAUUCCAUAACAGAAUGGCUAUUUUAAGUUUGAUUUUAAAGGUGAGUUGUUGACUUAAAUUCAUCCUUUACAAAAGGCCUAAGUUAAAAAAAAAGAGUAUUUCUCCUUCCUUUGGAGGAGUGUUUGACAAAUUGAAGCCCUCCAGGAAAAAAUAAUAAUGUAACAUUGGCUAUAUGUUGACCUGGUCUAACAGACCUCUGAAAGGAGUGGUACAAUUUUAAAAUAUUAUGUUCUCAUUCUUGUUCAAAUAUGUUCUGUUACUUGAAUGGAAAAGUGGCAAGAAUAAUUCAUUAGUUCUCAGUUAACCGUUUAACCCCCAAGAUCUCUUUUAAUUAGUAAUUCUCCCCACUGUCUGUCAUACAGUUCUUGUGGUGUCAAUUUUGAGAAUUUGGUAUUUGAUCAACUUAUAAUCCUCUAAUUGAUAUUUUUUCACAUCACCUGUCUGCCUGAUAUUGUAUUGAUAUUGUAAGGAGAAAUUCUGUCUUGGUCACUCAUGGGAGUUAAAGGGUUAAAACUUCAAGCAGGCAAAUUUGUUUCUGCUAACCUCGAUAUCUCCAAUCUGAUAAAUGAAUAAUUUUCACAAAAUUUGCAAGUUUCUGGGUGACAUUCAUUUGUUUCAUAAUUUGUACUGUUUGAAUGUAUUAUUUUUUGUUGUGUCUUUCCUUUUUUCUUAGCCUCUGUCAUGCUUGCUUAUUUUUCAAAAUCACCGCAACAGGGGAGGAGGAGAAGGUUACAGCUGGGCAGGUAUAUAUAUGUUGUUUUUUAUUACUAUUAUAAUUAUUAUUGUUAGUUUUAAUCACCCUUUAAGUUAGCAAUUUGUGCAGGUGCAGUCACCUUAUUUAUGACUUUCAGUCAGUAUUUAUUGACACUUAAUGAGUGGGACUUCCUGGUGCAGGUGGCUAUUUUUGAUACAUCCUGAACUCUUGCUAUAAUUUCUCACUUUGAAAAGCUGUUGGAAGAUAGAUGACCUUAAUUGUGGUGUUAUGAUUUGGGAGUCAGGAUGGGAGUGAAGGCAGAAUAUUCCAGGGAAGGAGGAGGACACACUAGAAUCUCACUAGUUGGUGUUGAAGAAGAAGUGUGCUCCAGAUACCAAAAUGAAAUUUCAGUCUGUCUUUGCCGUUAAGUAUGAGGGGAAUUCAAGCAUGUGAUCCAUAUCCUUUCAAAAAUUGUCUUCAAGUGGUUUAAAGUUCUGUCAGAACCCCUUCCCCCUCCACAAGCCCCUCCACAAGCCAGCUUCCACCCAUGUUAAGUUGUAUAGGCCAAAACAACAUUUCAAAUUAAAGACCUCUAGUUCCAGAGAGAGUGUAACUUUUACUCAAGUUUUAACCGCUUGUUAGAAUCUAUUGUCCAGGUAGAGACAAAAGAGGAUCAAAGACUUACACUCUGGGAGCUGCACAUUGCAGCUUGACCUAGGCUAUUAAUCCAAUCAAGUUUCAUGCAUGUAUGUGCACAUCUGUUUUCCUGUUUAGUAAUGAAGUGAGAAAUUUUAUUUUACACGAUGAGUAACCAUGUGAAUGAAAUUUUCACUUUAGGUUCAAAUUAUGUGACCAUAGAAGGCCAAUCAAGCUCACAGCCAGCUCCUGGACACUCUUCUCAUCCAUAAGACAAAACAAGAUUCCCUCUUUUGAGGGAUUAAAGAUAAGCAUAAUUGAUGCUUUUAAUAACAAACAAACUCUGAAGUUAUCAAAAUUUCAAUCAAGUAGCUCUUCCAAUUAGUAUCCUAGGUUUGCAAACUUUUCACAUAAAAAAAUUCAAUGUUUUCGAAGGAUUCAAAGAUGAUAUUUUCUUCUUAAAUGUAAUUAAAUUAAUGUACUAAAUAUGGUAUAUAGAGCUCUCAAGUUGAUUUGCUGUUACUCGAGGGCAAGAUCUUAGAUUUGGCAGCAUUACCUUUCUGGAUGGGAACAUGUUCUACCUAGAAAAUUUAGUGAACUCUCUGACCUGGAUAUAGGUGGCUCUGCACCAGAAUUUCUACUGUUGGAAAGUGAUCAGAGCAAAUACAAAGGGAAAAAGGAUUAACUAAUGUCUAGAAAGAUAAAUAAUGUAAUAUGCACUUAUUAAAGCAGUAGAUUAUUAUCUCAAAAUCAACAAUUUAAAUUAAAAAACCAUAAAUGGGUGAGAAAUAGUAGUUUCAUUGUGAGAGUGUAAGAUUGGAAUUCUUUUCAUGAAUCUCACACUCAAUGUGGGAGACUUGAGAGCUCUGGUUAGUUAUCAUAGAAAUUGAGAUUGUUUCAACUUCAGAGCUUAUAUGUUAUCAAAAGGCAUGGUUAUCAGCUUGAUUAUAUUUAGGUUUAAGCACAAGUUGAAUGUUAGUUAGUUAGAGUAAGUUCUAGACCUUCACAUGGAGCGGCAUGUACCAAUCUGAUGACCUGAAUAACACAGUACAUUUGUUAGAAAGUGCCACUCUUAGUAACAUAUAAUUAACUUAACAUGAAAAAAUUCCCAGUCAAAAAUGUCUGAUAGUUCAAAUUGGAUCUCAAUAGCUGCCACCAUCAUUAAUUCUUGACUGAAACAAAAUGUAAUAUUGCAAGUCAUUUUGUAAUGUAAACCAUUUUCUAGAAGAAUGGGGGAAAAAUUUAAAGCUGCAGUAAUGAAUGCACCUCUGGGGAAAGGGUAGUAGAAAAAGAGAAUCAAUUUUGGCCUUGUGAUGCAUUUUAUUUGCAUUUUUUCCUUCUUGUUUUUGGCUUUUCGAGAUUUUUAGAAAUUAAUAUAUUUUGCAAAUUAGAACAAUCCAUUCUAUGAUACAUGUGAACGUUCACAAAGUAACCAGGUGGUCAAUCAGACAUGGUUUGAUGCUACUCUGGUUUAAAAAUUUAAUGAAUGUAACCAAGAAGUUACACGGUUUAUGUUACAGGGUCUAUGGAUUGUAACUUCUCGGCUAUAUUCAUUCAAUCUUUAAACCAGAAUAGCAUCAUACCAUGCCUAAUCCAUUCUGUGUUUUUAAUGAUGUAGUGGGUGAAUUCAAUCAAUGUUUGAACUAAAUACACACUCACCAGUCAUCUCAUAUGAGCAUAAUUUCAAUCCAUUUCGUAGGAUUGUGUGUAGAUGCUUUUAUAAUUAUCUGUAAUAAAUAGGUCUUGGUAUUUUCAUUAUCUUGAUGUGCUUUUUGCUAAAAUGGGGGAAGCUUUUACUGGUAGUCCUUGUUGUGUUGUGUGAAAAAAAGAAAUUGUCCCAGAAGCAUGUGGAUAACUUUCAAGGUUGAAAUAUUCUCUUAAAAUCGACAGUUUGCAGAAAAGCAAAGCCUUUAACUUGGGGCAACUUAGAAAUUUAAAGGGCCAUUUUUCAACUGAGGACUUCAGCCCCCCAGCCAGACGUUUCUUUGUUUCACAAGGAUUCAAGGGCCUGCAAAUAGCAACAAUAAAAAUGUAUGUGCCAGGCUGAUUUGCACUGCAUAUAUGGGU